AUGGUGCGAGAACGGUCUCUGAACGUGUUGGAAUGGAGUGUAGACGACGUUGCCGAAUGGGUUGAGACAUUAGGGCUGACACAAAAAGAUGUAUUUCGAGAACAUCGCUUAGAUGGCAAAGACUUGGUGCAGCUGGAGAUGGAGGACUUGCACGACAUGGGGAUUGAGAGUCUUGGCGAUCGGCUGGACUUGGUGAGUGCCAUCACCAAGCUCAAACAGGGUCUCCAUGUCGAAGAUGCAGUCGACGAAUCUACUGCGACGAGCUCAACGUUGGUCCCUAAACGGUCAAUGUCUAGUUCACUCGAAAAACGACUUGUCAAGCUCGAACGCGAGCUUGAGUUGCUUUCUAAAAGUUUGAGCACGCUUAAAGUUGAGUUGUUGCCAGCCUUAAGCAAGAUUUCUGUCAUGCUGAAGCAGUCGAAGCGAGAAAACAGUAUAUCUUCGCAGAUGGCUGCACAGUCUCCGACACAGAUGCAAUUCCCUGCUCCGUCAUCGGUGCAACCGACUUCUCAACCCCAAUCACUGUCAAAAAGUUUGCCGUCACCUUCUUUGUCACAAACUCAAUCCCAAUCUACAGCUACGACAGCGGCGGCAUCUACGAAAGAUUCUUCGUGUUCAGCUUCACCGGACGGACUCAGUCUGACGGAAACCGUAUUCCCUUUUGAUCCAGCCGAAGUUCCUCGUCCCUCAUCUGAGGAGUCGGUGAAGGGCCGCAUGAACGUCAACUCUAGUUACCAAGAAGUGCUACAGUCGACCUUACGUCGGUAUCACAUUAACGUGCUGGAUUGGCAAGGCUAUGAAUUAUUAUUGGCUUACGACGGCGUCGAACACGAAAUUCCGCACAAGGACAAACCCCUACAGCUGUUUCGUAGCCUCCAGAAGGCAGGCAAGCAACCUUCGUUCAUUCUGUCGCGAAGAAAUGUUCAUUAA